AUGCAUUUCUCCAGCAUCGUCCCCGUCGCUCUCUCCCUCUUCGCCUCAGUCUCGGCCUCGCCGUUCACUGUUCCCCCAACAGCCAUGCGCGUCCCCAUGCGCAACGUCGCUGCCGACCCCACAAACCCAGCCCUAACAUGGCACGCCUCCAACUUCACUCUCGGCUGCUCGCCCGGUGGCUGCGCCUACAACUUCGGCAUCGUGGGCCACUCGUCCGAAAACACGCCGGGCUUCAACACCACCUGCAACGGCACAAGCACGCAGGAGGACUACGCACCCUGCAAGGACAAGAGCAUUCUUGCGAAGAUCAACCCCACUCCCAGGUCUGGGAACUGGACCGUCCAGGUUGAGCACAUGUGGCGCAAGCCCGGCAACGCCGAGUUCUAUGCAUUGGGCGAGCAGAAUGUCACUUCUACGACCAAGCAGUUUACGAUCCCUGUGAAGGAUGUUUAUGGAGUUGCUUAA